UUACAGCUAGAGUCAUACGUUUAUACCGUUGUGUUAUUUAUUAUAUUAUAUUACUAAAUAAUGAUGUCUAAAGUACAAUACAAUUAAGUCACAUCUAAAUUAAAGCCCUUAGAACAUUUACAUUGUUAUUAUGUCCUUUUAAAUCAAAGCGUAUUACAAGAAUAACACGCCCUACAUUAAUUAAUUUCACUAUGUCUGAAACAAACCAUAUGAAAGAUGUACUGGAUAAGAACUUAGAAGACUUUGAGAUUCAAGAAGUUCUCAACAAUGGCACAGAUCUCAGAGAAUACGCGCUGCAAGUUGACAAAGGCAUAAAGGAGGCAGAGAAAAACUCAGUGGCAGAUUACUUAAAAGAAAGUGGAAACAUCAGUUCGCUACACAACCAGAUCGAGGAGUGUGAUGGUAUACUAGCGCGCAUGGAGAGUAUGCUGAUGGUGUUCCAAAAUGACUUGGGUAGUAUUAGUAAUGAAAUCAUCUGUUUACAAAAGCGCUCGGUCAGCAUGUCUGUCCAACUGUCGAACAGACAGGUCUUGAAAGGGCCAUUAUCAUCAUUCAUCGAAGAUAUGGCCGUUUCUGAAACCCUUAUCUUUGGCAUAAACAAUGUACCAGUUUUGGAUAAGGAGUUCAUGAUCCAGUUAGCAAUUUUAAGCCAAAAACUAAAUUUUGUCAAAGAAGAGGAUUUUAAGGAAACUAAAGCUUGCCACGAUGUAAAAGAUGUACUGGAAAAACUUAAAAUAAAGGCUGUGGCCAAAAUAAGAACAUACAUAUUAGAGCAGAUUUAUAAGUUUCGUAAACCAAUGGCUAAUUAUCAGAUACCUCAGAAUGCUAUGUUAAAGUACAAGUUUUUCUUUGAGUUUAUAUUAGCCAAUGAAAGGAAUGUUGCUCAAGAAAUAUGCAAUGAGUACAUAGACACCUUGAGUAAAAUAUACUACUCAUAUUUUAAAUCAUAUGCAUCUAGACUGGAUAAGCUUAAGUAUGAGGAAGCACCGACUAAAGAUGACCUAAUGGGAAUAGAAGAUGGUGUGAAAGGAAGCUUCUUUCAGAAGUCAAACUUAAAAAACAAAAGUACUAUAUUCACCAUUGGCAACCGUGGGGACGUACUGGCUCAGCAAUUAGAAGCUCCAAUCAUAGUCCCUCAUGUGCAACAGAAGACAAAGUAUUCAUAUGAAGCAUUAUUCCGAAGUCUCCAAUAUGCCUUGGUGGACAACAGCUGCAGAGAGUACCUGUUCACAACAGAGUUUUUCCAUGUUAAGGGAAGCCACGCCCAGGAGCUCUUUGACAGGAUACUAGGAAAAACCUUGUCUUUACUUGUGAAAAACGUUGAAAACUACGUCCUAGAAUGUUAUGACUGCCUGGCACUCUUUUUAUGCAUCCAGCUCAUCAAUAGAUACCGGUGGAUGUGCCACAAGAGAGCUGUGGCGGCUCUGGACAGUUACUGGGAUUCUCUGCACAGCAUACUGUGGCCAAGAUUGGACUUUGUUUUGAAACUAAACAUCCAGAGCGUUCGAGAGUGUGAUCCAGCAAAACUGUCUAACAAGGAGCUGGGACCUCAUUAUAUCACUCGUAGAUACGCGGAGUUCUCGGCGGCGAUGCUAAGUUUAAGCGAACAGUUCCCCUCCGAGGAUCUCAGUAACCUGCUUCUGAAUCUACAAGACGAAGUCAACUGUUUCUUGCUUAAAAUGGCAGCUGAAUUCUCUCAACGUAUUCAGCAAUUAAUUUUCUUGAUAAACAACUAUGACAUGAUAUUGAGUAUCUUAAUGGAAAGAACACGAGAUAACACUAAAGAAGCGGAGAACUUCAGAGAUCAAUUACAGGCCAGAAGCGCCGAGUAUGUGGAAGAGAUACUGAGCCCACAUUUUGGAGGAAUGAUGCAGUUCGUGAAAGAAGGGGAGGUUUUCCUCGAAGACGACAAGAAGUCCGAACUACUAGCUAUGGAGAAAAAGAGUCUAUCAUUAGUAGCUUCAUUCAGCGCCAGCUGGAAGCAAAGUCUCGAAGAAAUACACAGAGAGGUGCUUGUGUCGUUCCCUAACCUUGUGACGGGAUCCGGUUUACUGCAAAUGGCUUUGACAAAUUUUGUACAGUACUAUAAUAAAUUUGUUAAACUACUGACACCUAAUGCCAGAACGCAACUGGUCAAUAUUCACGUGAUUAUGGUAGAAAUCAAAAAGUAUAAAACUAAUUUUUAAUCGUACUUUUAGCGCAUAACUAUCGCAUUUUGUUCUUAAGGAUAUUGUUAUUACUGUUAUAAUUUUAUAAAGCUUUUAUUCCGAU